UUUCAAGGUUUCAACAAAAAUCAGUUUGCUGUAGGAGGACGUGUCUGACGUGUAGUAACCAUAGGGUAGAAACUGGGAUUAGUGCCAGCUGUUAUACCUGUAGCUCGUGUAGGGCACAGCAGAGGGCGGCAGACGACUGCUGCUUUGUGUUUGUGACUGCAGUUAAACAAAAGAACAAGAAGCAGGAACAACAUCCGCCUCUCAGGAAACUCGGAAACUCUCAGGAACUUUCACAUUUUGAGUUCUGAUAGAUUGAUUAGAUUUGAAGUGAUGCUCUCCGCUUUGCUGCAUGUGACGCUGCCGCUCGCGUUCUGCGUCAUGUUGACGCGCUGCCACUUGUUUGACGCAGUGGCGGUGGAUUUGAAGUACGAUCAUUACGCGGAGCGGCGCGUGGAUCACUUUCCUGCAUUCCUAGCGAUGCCCUGUAACUCUCUGGUCAAUCUGCUUUACGUCAUUACAGGUCUCUACUGGCUGCUGCGUCACAGCGACGUCACAGAGCCAAAGGAGGGCCGGUACCUGAGACAGGUGUUCGCCUUCAUGUCCAUCUUUUACGCUGCCGUGCAGUGGACGCGCCUGGCGGUGCUGCAGCGCGCUCCCGCAGUGCUGGAUCAGUGGGUCACAUUACCGAUCUUUGCUUGGGUGCUGGUGUGGAUCAGCUUCAUAGAGCGCGGGCCCGCGGGGUGGCGCGCGUGGCACGCGGCAGUGCUCGAGCUGCUCUCGGUUCUUAGUUAUGGUCUGGCGCUGCUUCACGAGCGCGGCUUCGAGGCGGCACUGGGCGGUCACGUGCUCCUGGCGGUGUAUAAAGGGGUGCGCCUGCAGGUGACACACGGGGACGCACGCUCGUGCAGGUACCCUCUCGCGGUGUUGUCCUGUUCCGGGUUCGUGGUCCUGAAGCUACUGGACCUCCCGCUGGCCCGGUACUGGAUCUUUCAGAGACUCACGGGACACUUCUGGUCCAAAGUCUGUGACGUCACUCAGAUCCACUUCAGCCUCUGUUUCCUGACUGAUCUGACAACCAGGACCGGGAAGGCCGGGUCUAAGAAGGACUGAGGGACCAGCAGAGACCCUGGUACCAGAGGUCACCAAUAAUUAAAUAUAAAUCAAUCAUUCCUCAUGAACAUUUCCAUUGAAUGCUUUCAGGGUCUCUGCUGGGCUUGAUCACGUGGAGGUGGGGUUGAUUUCUGAUCUAUUCCUAAAAAGAGUCAACUGAUUAGAAGAUGUAAUUGUGAUCAAUCACAGAAACAUUUGAAGAAUGGAGAGAGGUUAGAAAAAGGAAAGGUUUCAAGACUGAUGCAGAGCUGGCUAAACACUGAAGCUUCAGUGUCCGUGACAAGGCAACCUGCGUGCACAUCGACUCUGGGAAAAAGGGGGCGGGGGCAACAGCUCCCUUCAAUGUUUUUAAUUUUUCAAAUGCUCGGUGUCAAAUUGAAAUCUUGCUCCUUUAAGGUGAACGAUGUUCUGUCUUAAUUUGCACAUGAGGCUUGAAAGUCGAUUAAGCUGGCGACAUAAAUCACGUUUUCAUGUUAUGUUGACAGCACUAAUCUGUUGUUCAAAAAUUAACAUUUUUUCUUUGCAUUAUUCACGUUCUGACAAACACUGCAUCUUUUUGUAAUCUUAACCAGUUGUCAUUUUGUGAAAAUCAAAGAUCUAAAUGAAAAUAUUUUAUUUGGAAGUUGAGAGAAUGUUGUUAAGAAUUGUUGGAGCUGUAUGAUUAUUAAAGUAAAAUAACAGACAGAAUAAAAUGUGUUUUAAACAGUU